CAAGUGGAACUAGGAUGAGCAUCCAAUUAGCCUACCGAUCCAUAGUUCAUCCUAGAGGCAUAGUGGAAGACCUCCUAGUUAAGGUAGACAGAUUCUUUUAUCCUGCAGAUUUUGUUGUCUUAGACAUCAAUGAGGACGCAGAAGUGCCUCUUUUACUAGGUAGGCCUUUCCUAGCCACCGACAAGGCCAUUAUUGAUGUGCAUAUUGGGACCCUAGUUUUAAGAGGUGGUGAGGAGCAGAUAACUUUUUCCAUUGCUAAUAACUUGACUGCUCUCUCGCCUAUGCAUGUUUUAUCUCACCAGGUGCACGAGUCUGUCGUGUAUCCUUUUGUGUCUCACGUUUUGCAGGGCUUCGCACCCAUCCCUUCUCCGCCCCGCUAUAGAACAAACAGCUAGAGGAGGAGUGGCAGCCAAAGCUGCAGGCGUUUGCACCCUUGUUUUUUAACCGUUUUGGCUCGAAUUUGUGUUUCCUUGGCCUAUUUUACGCUGGGUUGUGCUCUUUUGUCACAUUCCAUGUCCUAGUCGUCAAAUGAAGGUCUAGGCAUGAGUUUCGCGUCGUUUGGAGGUGUCAUUCGACAAAGCUGGAGCAAAACACAGGCAGCUUUCCCUAAGAACACAAAACUGUGUUUCACCUGGGCCACGCUAGUGCUUUUUAGUGUGAAGGUGAUAUCAAGACAGGGGAAGAACACGGGCUGCGUUUUCCAAAACAUGGUUGUGUGCAUAGAAGGACCUUGGUCAUGUUUAUUAUGCCGAAGGUUGGUUCGUGGGAGCUGCAGAAGAAUUCAAAACAUGGGCGAGUAUAGGCAAAAACACGACCAUGUUCAUCACAGGGCAAGACCGUGUUUCAUGGAUGCGGGCGUGUAAUCGCCGUCCUCAGCUUAAGUUUCCUACGUGACGAAUUCAAAACCCGAGCGGAGUAAGAAGAACACGGUCGUGUCCUUGCCCGUGUUAAACAGGCUGUUUCGAGCCAAAGAGAGGGGAAUUGAGUUUUCAAAGCAAAAACAAAGUUUUAGAGAGAGAAAUGACGAAGAACAAACCCUAAGAUCGAUUUUGACGAUAGGUUUCACCAUUCAAUCUUGGAUUUCGACCUUGGAGUGAAGAUUUAUAUCACAGAGCUUAUCAUAUACAUCAUUAUGAGCAUGAUUUCUCUGAUUUAUGUUUCCAUCUCUCUCUAUGGAGUAAACCUUUCUCUCACUUGGGUAUGAAAAACACUAGUUCCAUGUGUUAGGAAUCUUGAUUGUAAUGAAUUUUGGGAUGAUAUACUGAUUGGUUUUAACCGAUUGAAGUGUGUUUAUUGACUCAAUUGAAUCAUGACCAACUUCUCUUGAUAUCUGCUUCGGCCUAUGAUAGAUAAAAUAUGAUUAGGUUGUUAGAGCUUCUUCAAUUGAUCGGAGUGAAUUGAUUGUACGAUAUUCAGUCAAUUCACUGCUUUGUACUGGAAUCCAAUUCCAGUAGUGGAGUUCUGUGUCAAUCGCCUUAGCAGUCUAUUCCAGUGAAGGCUAGUCGCCUACCAGGUAUUCUAUCUUAAGAAGGUUUGAUCAGCUUAAGAUAUUUCAAGCUAUUUUCGGAUUUUCCGCAGUCUAAUCAACAUUAAUCAAGCAUAGGGAAUUACAACUUGAACCUAACUGAGGAGCUAAGGGGACUCAAUCCCGAGUGACUCUUCUUCUGCUAAGUAAACCGAACAAUUUAAUGCUUUCUUUCUGCUUUAUAUUAGAAUUACAAUUACUCAACUCUUAUUGCCAGAUAAUAGAAGUUCACGGUGUAGAAAGUAGAUCUAGACCCUGGGCUGAUAAAUAAAGCUUACCGACUAUUCUGCAUUUCCAUUCUACGACUGCGCUUGGUCGUAGUUUGGUGUUGUGUCGUAGCGAGUCAGUGGAGGGGAGGAGAGCAUCCAAUUAGCCUACUAAUUCAUAGUUCAUCCUAGAGGCAUAGUGGAAGACCUCCUAGUUAAGGUAGACAAAUUCUUUUAUCCUGUGGAUUUUGUUGUAUUAGACAUCAAUGAGGACGCAAAAGUGCCUCUUAUACUAGGGAGGCCUUUCCUGGCCACCGACAAGGCCAUUAUUGAUGUGCAUAAUGGAACCCUAGUUUUAAGAGAUGGCGAGGAGCAGCUAACUUUUUCCAUUGCUAAUAACUUGACUGCUCUCUCGCAUAUGCAUGCUUUAUCUCACUAGUUGCACGAGUCUGUCGUGUAUCCUUUUGUGUCUCACGUUUUGUAGGGCUUCUCAUCCAUCCCUUAUCCGCCACUCCCGCUCUCCCCGCUAUAGAACAAACAGCUAGAGGAGGA